AUGCUCACAGACCCUGAGCUACCUCAGGAGUUUAACAGGAUGUCUUCCAAGCGACCAAUCUCUCCAUAUGGGGGGACAGAUGGAGAAGUAGUCAUGGCAACCAGCAGACAGAGACUGGAAGAGGAAGAGAGAGAUGAUGGACAGGCUGUCAUGCACCUCCCCCUGACCCCCUACUGCAGCAAGGUGUCCCCCCUCUCUCCCCGCCCCCUGGACAGCCCCCCCACCCUGCACAGUGCCAUGGACCAGGAUGGCAGUAAGCAUUGGUCUCUGAGCCCCUACCCCCAGCACAACUCCUCUACCUCUCCAGGCAGUAAGCAGCAGGUGGAGGAGGGGGGUUCAGGGGCCGCAGCGCUGGGGACCCCAGAGAGGCGUAAGGGCAGCCUGGCUGACGUGGUGGACACACUGAAACAGAGGAAGAUGGAGGAGCUCAUCAAAAACGAACCAGAACAGGUCCCAGGUCAGGACCCUUACCCUCUCCAGCUGGUACCUACUACCAUGGCAGCAGCUGCUGCCGCGGCAACGCCAGGCCUCGGUCAACUACAGCUCCAGCAGCUGUAUGCAGCUCAGCUGGCAGCGAUGCAGGUGUCUCCAGGGGCCAAACACAGCAGUAUGUCCCAGACCAACCUGAACACCCACUCUCCCACCAACACACACCAUGAGAAGAGCCGCAGCACCCCGCCGCCCAAACCCAAGGACGAGGGUGCUCAGCCCCUGAACCUGUCGUCCAAGCCUAAGACAGCAAGCGAGAGCAAGUCACCCACCUCCCCCGCUUCCCCACAGGUCCCCACCAUGAAGCUGGGCCACCAUAGCACCGGGUCCAUGAAACACAGCACAGCCCCCUCCAGCGUCGGAGGACCACCAUCCAGAGUCAGCUCCAUAGACCUGCUGUCAUCCCUGUCCUCGGGGGGCUAUCUGAACGACCACGAGGCUGUGACCAAGGCCUUCGCUGAGGCCAGACAGAUGAAGGAGCAGCUGAAGAGAGAACAGCAGGUGUUGGAUGCCAAGGUGGCCGCCGUCAACAACCUCAGCCUGAACAACGGACGCUCCGACAAGGACAAGGCAGCUCUGGAGAGUCUGAGCCACCAGCUGAAGCAGCAGUCAGAGGACAGAGAGAAGUUCAACCACGCCAUGAUGGACUUCACCAUGAGUGGAGACUCAGAUGGCAGCCCCAGUGUUUCUGAUUCCAGGAUGUUCCGUGAGGCCCGGGGCCGAGGCAACAGCGAACCACACAUUAAACGACCCAUGAAUGCUUUCAUGGUCUGGGCAAAGGAUGAGAGGAGGAAGAUUCUCCAGGCUUUCCCCGACAUGCACAACUCCAACAUCAGCAAAAUCCUCGGUUCUCGUUGGAAGUCCAUGACUAACCUGGAGAAGCAGCCGUACUACGAGGAGCAGGCCCGGCUGAGCAAGCAGCACCUGGAGAAGUACCCGGACUACAAGUACAAACCCCGGCCCAAACGGACCUGUCUGGUGGACGGGAAGAAGCUGAGGAUUGGAGAGUACAAGGCCAUUAUGAGGAACCGCCGGCAGGAGAUGAGACAGUACUUCACUGUGGGACAACAGGCCCAGCUGCCCUUGUCCUCGGCGGGCGUGGUGUACCAAGGUGCCCUUUCCUUGGCAGGCUUGCCCUCCCCCCAGAUGCCCUCGGAGCACUCCUCACUGUCCAGCAGCCCCGAGCACGCCGCCCCACCCCUCCAGACCCCCUACCACCCCAGCCUCAAGGGAGACGAGACCCGAGUCAAACAGGAGGAGCUGCGAUUGGACGACAGCAAUGGUGAUGCGUACGACGACUUUGAUUAUGAGGACGAGGAGGGAGAUUAUGGAAGCGAUAACGACAACCACCAAUAA